ACUUCCAAAGAUCCGAUCGGCCUGAUACGUACGACCCAGUCUUUUUACUCAACGAUGAGGCGGACGGCGGCGUUGCUGCUGCGUCACGGCGGCGGCGGCGGCGGAAUAUCGCAGGCGCUCGCCGACAUGCUCGUCUGCCCCCUGACCAAGAAGCCUCUCAGGUACUGCGAGGCCAGCGGCUCUCUGGUCAGCGACGCCGUCGGCAUAUCUUUCCCGAUAGUAGAUGGAAUUCCUUCUCUCCUUCCGAAAGAUGGGAAGUUGCUCGAGGACCACCAGGAGAAAUCAGGACAUGAAUCCAGUCCUAGGGAUUCUUCUCAUUAAAUUUGAGUAUGGUAGCAGCCGACAAAACCAUCCCAUGUUACAAAGAAAUAACCAAGAAUGAAAAGAGUUUGUGCUAUGAUCCAACUGUUUCUUGCUGUAGUAAAUCAUUGUCAGGUUGAUGUGUACCUGGGUACUAACUAUUCCGUGCAAAUGGAAUAAACUUGUUACACGAUUGCUGUUGGCCAAAAAUUGGUUUUGCCUCAUCUUGUUUUCAUGGUGUAUCUGUACAUUGAGCCUUGCAGACAAAAUCAUUAGGACCCUGGAA